AUGGAUGAAGUGGAUUUUCGCGACGGUGGCGUACUUCUGAGUUCAGAUAUCCCACUGGUUCUUCCUACCAAAGCCGUCCUCUCCAUUUCUUCUGCCAUUCUCGCCCUCUUUCUUACGAGAGGAUCAUUUAUGUCGUUCUUCCGAACAUACUGGAACAGUCCUGUUGGACCUAAAACUACUCAUUUCUGGGGUCCUGUAGCCAAUUGGGGAUUCGUUGCUGCGGCAAUGGCUGAUCUUGAGAAGCCUCCAGAGAUGAUAUCUCGCAACAUGACUUCAAUGAUGUGUGUAUAUUCGGCUUUAUGUAUGAGAUUUGCGUGGAUGGUUCGGCCUCGCAACUAUCUUCUUCUUGGAUGCCAUAUGUCAAAUGAAACGGUUCAACUUUUUCAACUUUCACGAUGGGCAAGAGGUCAAGGGUAUUUGCAGAAGAAGGAAGACGAGACACCAAUCACACCAUCACCUUGACUUUAGAUGGUUUCUUUAGUUUCGACUUUUAAGGUGGUUAUUUUUCGGUGUUACUGUAAAUUUAAAGCUUGUAGAUCUAAUGCAUUUUACAGUUUGUUAAGAUAUUUAGAGGUUUAUAUCUUGAUUUGUAAUGAUGACGAUUUCCAUUAUUGUAUAAUUUCUUUUUAGAGGAAAUAACAUUUUUGGUCAUGAUUAUAUUUGAUUUUUGCAAUUUUGGUUCAAAUUUGUGGUCCUUGUAACUUUUUGUCCCGGAGUAAAAAUGACUAUUUGGUCUUUGUGAGUAUAAAUAAAAAUUUUAUAAUUUUGGUCCAAAAAAUAUAGUAGUUCUAUUUGGAACAAUCACCAAAACUAUUACAAACAUGUCAAAUAAGGAC